AUCCUUAAUUUCUUUUGUUCAGAUACGCCGUCUUCUUUGGCAAACCUCGAUAACAAUCCCUAAGAAAGGGCGAGAACUGCAAAUCAGGCCAAAGAAGCUCAAUCCUUCAUGGCGCCGAAGGCAAAAGAGAAACCAAAGCCCUCACCAACUCCGGCUGCACAGCCGGCGAUCGCCAUUGAAGAUUUGUUCACCAAUCUUAAUCGGCACAUCCAAGAUUCAAAAAACGAGCAGGCUGUUAAAGUCGCAGAUCAAAUUCUCUUAAUUGCACCAAAUGAUGAGGACGCGAUUCGUUGCAAGGUUGUGGCUUUGAUUAAGGCUGAUAAUGUUGAUGAAGCUCUUUCAGCUAUUGAAACUUAUAAGCGACUUCCAAUUGAUUUCAGCUUCUUCAAGGCAUACUGCUUAUAUAGACAAAAUAAGUUAAAUGAAGCCUUAGAGUUGCUGAAAGUCCAGGAAGGAGACACUGCAAUCAUGCUUCUAAAAUCUCAGAUUAUGUCACGGUUGGGAAAGAUGGAUGCUUCUCUGGAAAUAUAUCAAAAGCUUCAAAAAUCAAAGAUAGAUUCACUGGAGAUAAAUCAUGCUGCAAGCUUGAUUUCUGCUGGAAGGGCUUCUGAGGUGCAAGGAAUGUUGGACUCGCUCAGGGUGAAAGCAACUAGCAGCUUUGAGCUAGCAUAUAACACUGCUUGUUCUCUGAUAGAGAGGAAAAUGUAUACAGAUGCAGAACAACUCCUGCUUUCAGCUCAAAGAAUUGGUACAGAGACAUUAAUGGAAGAAAAUAUGACAGAAGAGGAUAUAGAGGGUGAAUUAGCACCUAUAGCUGUCCAGUUGUCUUAUGUGCAACAGCUAUUGGGAAAUACACAGAAAUCUUAUGAAUCUUAUACCGAAAUUAUAAAGCGGAAUCUAGCAGAUGAAACAUCACUUGCCAUAGCAAUAAAUAAUCUUAUACCAUUAAAAGGUCCUAAAGAUGUGUCUGAUAGCCUAAAGAAACUGGACCGGUUAAUAGAAAAAGGCGGUGGACCUCAAAGCUUCCAGCUUGCUCAUGGGCUUGAUUUAAAGCUCCUCCAACACCAAAAGGAGGCUAUAUAUAGUAAUAAACUUCUUCUGCUUCUCCAAUCAAAUCGGAUGGAUCAGGCUCGGGAGCUUGCUGCUGCUAUCCAGGAAAUGUUUCCUCAAAGCAUAAUGUCCGUGCUUCUACAAGCUGCAGUCUUGGUAAGAGAGAACAAGUCAGGAAAAGCUGAGGAGCUACUAGCACAAUACGCUGAAAAGCUUCCCGAAAACUCAAAACCUCUCCUCCUAGCAAGAGCACAAAUUGCCGCUGCUGCAGGUCACCCUCAAAUCGCUGCAGAAUCUCUUUCAAAAAUACCCGAUAUCCAACACAAUCCCGCAACUGUAGCAACACUCGUAUCCCUAAAAGAACGCGCAGGAGACAUAGACUCUGCAGUUUCCAUUCUCGAUUCAUCAGUCCAGUGGUGGUCAAACGCCAUGUCCGAAGAUAACAAACUGAGCAUCAUAAUGGAGGAAGCAGCCGCAUUCAAACUUAAACACGGAAGAAAAGAAGAAGCUGCCCGUCUGUACGAAGAACUCGUUAAAAGUCACGGAACCACAGAUGCAUUGGUUGGACUCAUUAAAACCGUGGCUUACACCGAUAUCGAGAAAGCAGAACUGUACGAGAAAAAACUCAAACCUCUGCCCGGUUUGAAAUCAGUGGACGUGGAUGGUUUGGAAAAGACUUCUGGGGCUAAGCCGGGUGAAAAUGUGGUUAUUACUGAACCGGCUGAACAUAAGAGUAAGGAAAAGGGGAAGAAGAAAAGGAAGAGGAAACCCAGGUAUCCGAAAGGGUUUGACCCGGCUAAUCCGGGUCCUCUACCGGAUCCUGAAAGGUGGUUACCUAAGAGGGAGAGGUCUAGCUAUAGGCCUAAAAGGAAGGAUAAGAGAGCGGCUCAGGUUAGAGGGUCACAGGGUGCGGUUGUGAAAGAAAUGGCUGCUGCUAACUCGAAAGCUGCGAAUACAAAGGCAGUGGUGGAGCCGGCUACUAAGCCUUCUUCGGGUAAGUCUUCGAAGAAGAAAUCGAGGAAGUAAGUCAUGAAAGCUUUGAUGAAAUGAAAACUGAUCUUUUGAGUUUUAUUUUCAAGCCAAUGUUCUUUAAACUUAUAUCUUAUUUCAGAAUAUAAUUUUUCUUUUUGUAUAACUGAGAUUUUACCAUUAAUUUGGUUCAUGUUGGACUGAA